AUGGAGCCGCCCAUCCGAGGGCCGAGGCUUCGGCGCGAAAGCGACUCCGAGGGCGACAUGUGGAGCGUGAAGUCGGAGGAGGCAUCACAUGUCCGACCAGUGGAUCGCCGAAACGACGACUCGGAGGGGGACAUGUGGAGCGUGGCAUCGGAGGAGGCAGCUCGAAAGACCGUGUUGACACCUCCAAAGGGCUCUGCCGGCGAUGCGCGGCCGCGCAAGAGAAACGACAGGAAGCCGCGUCUGGCGGAGCACGCGGCUGAGCUGGUGUCGUGGUAUGCCACGCGCGUGGCGGAGCUCGAGAGGGAGAACAAGUCGCUGCGGAGCGGACUGCUGAACGCCGGAGAGAAGCGGUUCUUCAUUGGAUGCAAGGAGGAGGAGCCGGAAGAUCUGGGCAGCUCGCGAGAGGAGGGCCGCGGCCGCGGACGCUCGUCCCUGUGCAGUUUGUUCGACGUGGACUGGGACGAUCUCGCUCAGGGCCGGCGGCUUGCCGCCGCCGCGCCUCAGCGAACACCGUUGCCAGGGAGCCCCGACUCAGAGCCGGAGGACUGUGCUGCGCGGGCAUUGGACGAUCCUCGCCAGAGCUUGCUGGCGCUGGAGCGUUUGUUGGGAUCUUUGCCUGAAGAGCAGGCCAAGCUGAUCUGGUGGCAGUUCGCGCGGUACGAGUCGGAGCUUGGCUACCUGCGGUCAGUUAUCACCUCAUACGAGGGCCGCGCCCUGCACUUCGCUCCGGAGUCCACCAGCCACGCUGUACGGCGCUCCGCCGACGUGGAGCGUGCGGCGCCGCUCGCCGCGGCGGCGCUGGCGCCGCUUGGAGAAACCUGUCUCCGCAGCUGA